AUGCAGAUCACAUUGAAGAAACCGCGACUAGGACCAGAGCUCUCCAAGAGUCUCCAUGAUGACAUUCAAUUGCCAAACCAAGCUGAUAUGCAGCUCGCCGCCAGAUCUGUUGAUACUCUCCACCAGAUCCAGCUGUUGCUUGAUCCGCCAGCUCUGAUUCUCGCGGACCAUUUCCUCGGGUAUGUCACAACAAAAUGUCUAGUUGCAGCAGUUGAGUCAGGCGUACCCGAUGCCCUAGAAAAUCGACGCAUGACUAUUGACGACCUGGCAAAAGCAACAAAAACCAAGCCUGACAGACUGAAUCAGGUCCUGGGGUUACUAGCAGGCCGGGGGAUUUUCGCCCAUUCAUCAGAUUCCGGUGGCGUCUACUCGCACAGCCCGGCUUCAUCACUGAUACGAUCGAAGCACUGGACACAAUGGCACAAUUGGAUCAGCCUCUACGGGAACCAGUUCUACGACAUCGCGCGCGGCAUUCCCGAGUCUAUCAAAGUUGAUACCUCGAGAAGCGCCGCACAGGUUAACUUUGAUACCGACGAGCAAAUGUUCGCGUACUUCAAUCGACGGGGCUGGAUGUCCCAACUCCAUCAGACACUAGGCGGUGGCGCGACGGCCCAGUUGCCCGGUAUCUUGGAGGACUACCCCUGGCACGACUUCGACGGUGGGCAUGUAUUUGAUAUCGGAGGCGGCGGAGGGUCGUUCCUCGUUGGAUUAUUGAGAAGAUUCCCGACGCUCACUGGAGGUAUAUAUGAUCUCCCACACGUGAUAGAGCACGUGCGACCGAAAUUCCGCGACGAGAACGGUGAGUUCACCGACAUCGGACAUCGCGUCAGCGAUGACAACCUGAUCGGCGGUGACUUUUUCCAGUCGGUACCGGCGUCUGUAUUUUACACUAUGAAAUGGUGUCUACACGACUGGAACGACAACAAAGCGAUGACGAUCCUCAUGGUUAUUCGGAAGAACAUAAUCAAGAAGCCCGGGUGCAGGCUUGUUGUGUUGGAAUCAAUUCUCGAUCCCGGCCAUUCUUCUCGACUCAGCCAGUAUGGAGAUAUCAAUAUGAUGAUGACGGCUCACGGACAGGAGAGGACCUUGGAGCAGUGGUAUGAGCUGGCAGAGAAGAGCGGAUGGCAUGUGGAGCGGGUUCUGGAACUGCGGCGGGCGUGGGUGAAGGCGAUUGAACUCCGACCGCUGUGA